AUGUUAUCAUACAGCCGAUUAUUCCGAAUUCGUAGUCGAUUAAAACAAUUAUCACUGCCAAUAUCUCAAUCAUUUACUGAUCCUUCGUUUUGUCUUUUAAGAUUUUGUUCAUCAAAUGAAAAACUAGUACAAAAAGCUCAACAAAACAAAAAAGAUCAAAUCGAUGUUUCGAAAUUCAGUACAGAUCGUAUCAGAAAUUUUUGUAUCAUAGCACAUAUUGAUCAUGGCAAAAGUACAUUAUCGGAUCGAUUGCUUGAAUCAACCGGUACGGUUGCAAAAGGUUCGAUCGAAAAUCAAUUUUUAGAUAAUCUCCAAGUUGAACGUGAACGUGGCAUCACAGUCAAAGCACAAACAUGUUCACUGUUUUGGAAUCAUAAUGGUCAAGAAUAUUUGUUGAAUUUGAUUGAUACACCUGGUCAUGUGGAUUUUUCAUUCGAAGUUUGGCGUUCAAUUUCUGCUUGUGAAGGUGCUAUACUAUUGGUUGAUGCAAAUUCCGGUGUACAAGCUCAAACAAUAGCACAUUUUAAUCAUGCUUUGCUUGCCGAUCUAAACAUUGUUCCUGUAUUGAACAAAAUAGAUCUUAAAAAUGCUAACGUUGAAUCUGUAUCAGCUCAAUUGAAGAAAUUGUUUGAAUUCAAUCAAGAUGAAAUUCUUAAAGUAUCGGCAAAAACAGGUGAUGGAGUCAAACAGGUAUUGGAUGCCAUCAUUGAACGACUGCCGCCACCAAAAAGCACCAAUAGUGAACAAUUGAAAGCUGUCGUCUUUGAUUUAUGGUAUGAAAAAUUUAAAGGAAUCAUUCUGCUAAUUCGAAUCAUUGAUGGGCGAAUCAAAGUUGGUGAUCAAAUUGUAUUCACCACAAAUUCGAACAAAGUGCAUACAGUCAAAGAAUUGAAUAUUUUACAUCCAAAUCAGAUACCGGCUGCAGGUGAUCCUGGUACUCUUUAUCCUGGCCAGGUUGGUGUUUUGAUUGCCAACAUACAUGACAAUGAUGAUAUAUCGAUUGGUGACCUAUUAGUACAUAAUGAUGAUAAUGGUAUGAAACUGCUCAAUGAUCAUAACGAAUCAAAGACGAAAUCAUUGAAAUCAAAUCCAAUGGUUUAUGCUAGCAUUUAUCCAUGUGAAAAAUCAAAUUUCUUGGAUCUGAAUAAAAGUCUACAAAAAUUAUUACUGAAUGAUAGCAGCGUACAGAUGAGCAAAGAAUCACAUCCAGUUCUAGGCAAUGGAUUCAAACUUGGAUUUCUAGGCUUAUUACAUAUGGAAGUUUUUUGUCAACGAUUAGACGAUGAAUUUGAUGCACCAGUAGUGGUAACCGCUCCAAGUGUUCCAUAUAAAAUUAAAAUUCAUGGCGAAAAAAAUAUUAAACAAUAUAAAACAGAUGAAUUAGUCAUAACAAAUGCUUCACAAAUGCCUAAUCCACAAAUUAUCACCAAAUAUUAUGAACCAUGGAUCAAAGGUACAAUCAUAACACCGGAUAAUUAUCUAAAUCCAAUAACAGGAUUAUGUAUGGAACGACGAGGUGAACAGAUUAAUUCUCAAUAUAUCGAUAAUAAUCGAUUAUUGUUGGAAUAUCGAUUCCCAUUGAAUGAAGUGAUCAUCGAUUUUAAUGAUCAUCUUAAAUCGAUUAGUUCCGGUUAUGCAUCGUUUGAUUAUGAAGAUGAUAAAUAUGAAGAAGCCGAUCUGGUUAAAUUGGAUUUCCGUUUGAAUGACAAACCAGUGGAUGAAUUAUCAAUGCUUGUACAUGCAAAACGUGCCCGUUCUUAUGGCCGAUCAAUCUGUGAAAAAUUACAAGAACAUUUAAAUCGUCAACAAUUUAAAAUUAAAAUUCAAGCUCUUGUCAAUUCAAAGGUGUUGGCAAGGACCAAUGUACAAGCAUAUCGUAAAGAUGUGACAGCCAAACUAUAUGGUGGUGAUCAAACUCGAAGAAUAAAAUUAUUGCAAAGACAGAAAGAAGGUAAACGACGAAUGCGUAUGGUGGGCAAUGUUGAGAUUGAUCCAGAAACGUUUAUCAAUGUUCUUAAGAGAUGAUAAUCAAUGAAA